AUGCCCUCUUCUCUAUCUCCGCCCACUAUCUUGCUGAUCCACGGCGCCUGGCAUUAUCCCAGCCUCUACGCCCCAUUCUGCAAGUCCCUAGAGGCUUUGGGCUACGAAGUCAUCUGUCCCCGGCUCCCCAGCUGCAACGAUGCCGUGCCGCCGACAAAAUUCCUGCAUGACGACGUCGGGCUGAUCCGCGACACGGCACAAGCCCUUCUUGAUGAGGGUAAGCGUGUCGUCGCAGUCAUGCACUCGUACGGUGGAAUGGUGGGCACCGACGCUUUACAGGGUCUGCCUCUUCAGCACCUAAUCUACAUGACUGCGUUUGUGCCUCCUAGCGGGAGCAGCCUAGCAGGGAUGUUUGGGGGAACGCUGCCGCCGUUCAUUACGAUCGAUGAAGAGAGAGCCAUUCUUAAAGUCCUCGACCCAGCUCCUGUUUUCUUCAACGAUGUCCCCGCCGCAGAAGCCGCAGACUGCGCAGGCCGCCUCGUCGUGCACCCCAAAUCCACGCAAUUCGAUCCCAUCUCGCACGAAGCGUACCGCGACAUCCCAUCGACCUAUAUCAUCUGCGAUAAAGACGAGGCGAUCCCUCCCAUGAUCCAGGAGCUGAUGAUCUCAAAUGUCAAGAAAGCUGGUGUGGAAAUGGCCGCCGAGAGACUAGAUGCCAGCCACAGCCCGUUUCUCAGUGUUCCCGACAAGACGGCCGAAUUGGUGCGCAGAAUUGUUUCGAAAUAG